GAAGCAACUUUGGUGCCAUAUAUAUUUUUUUUUUCCUUGUGCAAGCGUGGUGUUGAGUUCACCCAAGAGCAUGUGAUGAAAAGCUAGGGGAAAAAAGAACCAAAAAAAAUGUUGAAAUCCACACUUAGUGCAUUUUGCACAACUUUCAGGACUCUGCGUCGCGAGUCUCCGGGGCCGAGAUGAGCCAGGCCGACCCCGAGGCGACCCGCCGCCUGCACCGCGCGCCCUGGACUUGGGAUGGGACGCGGCGGCUGCCGAGGCAGCUCGGCCCGGGAGCACGCGGGGCGUCGCGCGUGAACGCGUCCCUGAGCGCGCAGCCCCGGGUGCGGGAGCUGCACCCGCCGACCCGCAGCCCCAGGCGCCGGGGUCGCAGCAUCCGAGCCGGCGCUGGACAGGACGACGACUGCCCGCUGGGCCCCGGGCGCUGCUGCCGCCUGCACCGCGUGCGCGCGUCCCUGCACGAGCUGGGCUGGAGCGACUGGGUGCUGUCCCCGCGCGAGCUGCAGGUGGGCGUGUGCGUGGGCCAGUGCCCGCACCUGCACCGCACGGCCAACACGCACGCCCAGAUCAAGGAGCGCCUACACCGCCUGCGGCCCGACUCGGUGCCCGCGCCCUGCUGCGUGCCCGCCAGCUACGAGCCCGUGGUACUGCUGCACAAGACGGACAGCGGCGUGUCCCUGCAGACCUACGACGACGUCCUGGCCAAGGCCUGCCACUGCGUGUGAGCCCGCUCCUCGGCCUGGCCUCGGUGGGCCGCGUGUGAGCAAUGGGCUGCCACACCCACCUACCCAUCCACUCCUGUCCCAACCCUUGUAUUUAUGUUUUUAUUUAUUAUUAACUUAUUGGGGUUGAUCUGUCUGGGGGAUGUGCAGGUGGGGAGGGCAUUUGGUUUCCCAGAACGUGUAUUUAUUUAAGACUCUAGUAAUAAAA